GUGCCACUCGUUAUUCUUUAUACGUCUCUGCGAGCGUUCGGAACAGAUAUUUGCGUCUGAUCUUUUAAAUCUCAGAUAUAAUCCAAACCCUGAUUGGAUAUAAAUCAAGGAAUCUCUGAUAAUCGUUCAAUGGCUGAAUCAAGAUCCAGCCCAGAAAAAGAUGUGAAAGCGCCCAAUAUAUUUGAGAGGGCUAAGGAAAAGAUUGUGGCGGUAUUUCACCAUGAGAAUCGCCCGAAUCACCGUCACAAGGAAACUCAUGGACUGCGUAGUGACCUCAAUGAGGAUACAUCUUUGAGUGAUGUCAAGGCUCCAAAUGCAUUUGAAAGAGCAAAGGAGGAAAUUGAGGCCGUUGUGGAGGCGAUUCAUCCAAAGAAGGAAUCGAAAAAUCACUGUUCGUCUUCACUUGGUGAAAAGAGAAAUUCUGGCUCACUGGAUCAUUUGGAAUCAAAGAAACCAGAAGUUCCUUCAGAGAAGGAUGUCAAGGGACCCAAUCUUAUUGAACGGGCGAAGGAAGAGAUUGAGUCACUCAUGCACAAAGGGGAGUCACCACAUCAUCAUCAUAGGGAAACUCAUGGAAGGAGCGAUGAUAUUGACGAGAGUACCCCAAUUAGCGAAGUUAAAGCGCCAAAUGUGUUUGAACGAGCAAAGGAAGAAAUUGAGGCUCUUAUUGAGACAAUUCAGCCAAAGAAGGAUUCUGAUAAUGUUGUGUGCUCACCAAAGAAGGAAGGUUGAUUGCCAGUGUCUAUUGGAAGAGGGUUGGAAAAGUUUUGCUCUCCUCGCAGUCAUAAUAGGGAUUGAUAGUUAAUUGUUAUGUGAGAGUUAUUUUUUGAAAAUUUACAUGAUAAAAACUACAUUGUAUGAAACUUAACGAGUUAUAAAAUUUGCUUUCAUAUUACAAUU